UGGCAACUGGGAGUUCGUACAAAUCAUUAGGAUUUACUUUUCGAAUGGGAUAUUCCAUGAUUGGGGAAAUUAUUAAAGAAUGUUGUGAUGCAAUUUGGGAGACCUUGCAACCAAUAUACAUGCCCAAAUCCAACGAAGAGCAAUGGAUUAAAAUCGCUAAAGCUUUUUCUGAAAAAUGGAAUUAUCCAAAUUGCGUUGGAGCCCUAGACGGAAAACAUGUUCAUCUUAAGUGUCCUGCUAAAUCUGGGUCCCUUUUCUACAAUUACAAAGGAUCGUAUUCGAUAGUUUUAUUAGCUUUAGUGGAUGCAAAUUAUAAAUUCAUAUUAGUGGAUGUAGGAGCGCAUGGCAAAAGCAGCGAUGGUGGAACGUAUGAAAGAUCAGAUAUGUGUAAAAAAUUUGUAAAUAAUGAAUACGGUAUUCCACAGUCCGAAAAAUUACCACACGUAAUUGUUGCGGAUGAAGCUUUUCCGCUUAAACCGCAUCUUAUGAGACUUUACAGUAGAGCGGCUAUUGUAAGCGACGAGGAGAAGAUCUACAAUUACCGCCAAUCUAGAGCUCGGCGGACGGUAGAAAGCGCUUUUGGUAUUUUAGCUGGACGAUGGAGAGUAUUUUUGAAACCCAUUGCAACGAAUCUACAAAUUGCAGAUAAGAUAAUUUUAGUCGCUAUAUGUCUCCAUAAUAUGUUGAGGAAUACUGCAAGCAGUAUUUCUCCAUUUGAAGAGAAAAUUAUAAUUAAUAAUGAGGUAAUUCAAGGUGUUGCUAACCUUGGACUCAUACGACGAAAUUAUAUAAGAGAAGCGGUCGCGAUUAGAGACAGAUUUAAAAAAUAUUUCGUAUCUCCAAAUGGUUCAGCCAGCUGUCCCUGGGAGUGGGAUUCAAUUAGGAAAGGAAGAAUUUAAAUGGUGUUCGGAAAGUAAUCCCUACUCUGUAAAAUAAUUGUAUAUAUAUUUUCUAUUUUUCUCUUGUACAUAUUGUUAUUAUUAUUGAAACUGCGAAAUAUUCUCGAGACAACACACCAACAUUUUAUUGUUAUCGGCAAAUUUCGCGUACAAAUGGUACUCACUAAUUAAAUAUAUGGAAAAAUAAAAAUGAUUGUUUUCACUCACCUGACAUGCCGAGCUUUUCUCCUAUCUCGUCCCAAGCCUCCUUCCUCGAAUGCUGAUUCCGGUAUUCCCGGUUCGUCGCAUCAUAUAGCAUAGGGUUAAUAGAUCAUCACAGUGUGAUCGCUCGAAAAAUAACAGAUUUUCGCGAUUUUUUUUUAUCGUCAGGAUAAGCUAAUCGGUCUGAUUUUUUUUUUACAAAUCAAGGCAUUAAUGAAGAAUAUAAAAUGUUUUUUUUUAAGUGGAUUCAUUUAUUGUUUAACAUUAUCUUAAUGCAUAGAAAAGUGCGGUGAAGAAAAAGGUCUCUUAUGGUGGCCAUGAUUGCGGCCGCAAAUUUGAUCUGAAACAAAAAUUUCAAACAGAUUAUUAAUCUACAGAACAACCACUAUCGUGCUAUGGAGGCUUUUUUUUAUAAAAAUUGACAAAAUGGCGGCGGGUUGAGCAUAAAGUAUCGAGUUUAGCCUAUUUUUUCGACAGUUUUUCGUAAAAAAAAUAGGAAGAUUUCAGAAAAAAAGCUUCCAUAGCACGAUAAAGAAUGACGUGAAGAAUGUUCUGUCAAAAUUUCAAAUGGAUAGCUCGAAAACUCUUCCUUUGAGAGUGGCCACAGUUUUGAAAAACACCAUUACGAG